AACCACUUGCAUUUUUAUGUCAUACCAAAGUUUGUCAGCAAAGUCAUUAGUAGGUCAAUUCGAAAAACAUUUCAGAUGGCAGUAGCUGAAAUAAAUGUUUCCAACGCAGCACAACACUUUAUAGAGUGUGACAUUGAAGAAUGUGGCAGAAAUUGUGAGUUCUAUUGCAACCUUUGCCAUCAAAGAUUGUGCAAACAAUGCAGAGAUGAACAUCUGAAAAGUCCAGGAAACAAGAACCAUGAGGUGGUCCUUUACCAGCAACGUCAACGUCACGUUCCUGUGGAGAAAUGCAAAAUCCACCCCAAUAAAGAAAAAGAAAUGCUAUGUGAAGAAUGCCAAAUUCCAGUGUGUUCCAGAUGUGUCACACAAAGAGAGCACCGGGGGCAUACAUUUACUGAUCUGGAGAUAAAAUAUGAAGAAAGAUAUGCGGAUUUCCAAGAAGAACUCUCCAAAACAACUGUGUACUUUCUUCCUACAUCAAAAGAUUUACAGAAAGAAAUUAAAAAGGAUGUCCAGGACAUCAAAGACACCAUGACAAAAAUGAAAACAUCCAUGAAGACUGAAGGUGAGUCCCUGAAAAGUCUGGUUGACACAGUCGUAUGUGAGAACAUGAAGGAGAUGGAGAAGAUAGAGCAUUCUUUAUUGGAUGAUUUAAACACUCAAGACAAGACCAUUGAUGAUUACAUCACUUAUCUAAAUAACCUUAAGAAAGAGCUCCACAAAUCCUUGUCCUCUACAGAACCCCAAAAAUUAAUGUCCGAGAAGAAGCCAAAGAUCCGAUCAAUACCGGAGACAACAAAACCAGCCACACCAGGGUUUACUGCUGGUCAAUACAACAAAAGUGAUGUCACCAAAUUACUUGGUAAAAUGCAAAUUCCCGGUAUUAAGGCAGUGAGAAGAAAAAUAAAGCCAAUGGAAAUAAGAGAAAUAAGGCCAGCUCCUAGACCGAUAACUGCAUCUGCCUCUGUCAUCAGGGUCAGAGAAUUUAAAGUACGAGGUGUCAAUAGGGUUUUUCAUAUCAUACAAGAUCAAUUAGAGAGACUCUGGAUCAGUGACAGUAAUGGAAAUCUUGUCCAAGCAGAUCUACAGGGGAAUGUGAUACGGAAGAUAAGAACCAAUGGAUCUCAAGGCUACCACACAGUCACACAAGACGGCGAGCUCAUCUUUACAGAUGGAAAUAUGAAUACCAUCAACGGCAUAAACCAGAAUGAUGCUAUUUUUACUUACUUUAACACUUCAGACUGGGUACCACUCGGCAUACACUCCUCACACAUCAAUGGGGACUUACUAGUGGGAAUGACAAAAAGUGGUAAAGCUAAAGUCACCAGGUACAACAAGACAGGAGAAGAACUACAGACCAUACAGAGGGAUAACAAUGGAGAUGAAAUAUAUGAUACACCACAUUAUAUCACAGAAAACAUGAACGGAGAUAUCUGUACAUCAGAUUCUCUACUGGGAGUAGUGGUUGUGAAUAAAUUUGGAAGAUAUAGGUUCCUUUACAGAGUUCAGGAGUCAAAAUUCCGUCCCUAUGGAAUCUGUACUGAUGCCCUCAGUCAGAUCCUGGUGUGUGAUGGAUACAGUAACACUGUUCACCUCCUUGAUCAGGACGGUCAGUUCUUGUCUCUAUUACUCACUCCACAACACGGGGUGAAGAAUCCUCUUACUGUGUGUGUGGACGAUGCAAACAAUCUCUAUGUUGGACAAGAUGGCACCCAAAUCGUUGCAGUGUAUAGUUAUCUGCAGUGAUUCGAAUUUGCUUAUGUAAGUUGUCGUGGAAAAAAUAAAUGUUCACCAUUUUUAGAUCUAAGUCACUUUGAUAUUCAACUAACAUAUUUAAAUAAGAAAUAAUAAUCACUAUGCUUG